AUGGGUAAUUACUUUAAUCAACCAGCUAAUCCAAAUUAAGGAUUAUUACAAUUUUUAAGAUAACUUCUCUUGCCUGAAAUAUAAAAGGUUCUCAAUUAUGUAGAAAAAAAUUAUCCAAAAACAAGUUUGUUACAUUUUGGGUGAAUUUUUUCAUGUUUAUUAUGACAUUCUUAACUAACAUUGUGGUGAAAUGUUUGAGAACCUAAAGAAUAAUCAUAAUAUUGAUGGUUUAAUAGAUAUUUAUGAAAGUCAAGUAGUUUUAGUAAUUGAUUCAUUUUGAAUUAGAUUAUAUUUUCUGAUAUCGAUUUCCUUCUAAAGUUAAGUACAUAAAUUAAGUAUUUGAUUUAAAUAAAUCUUAAAAACUUGAAAAAAUCGAACUUAUUAUGAUUUUAUAAACAGAAAUAAGAACAUCAUGGAAAAUUGUAAAUAUGAAACCACCUGGAUAUAGUGAAAUCGAAUAUUAUGUUGAAUCCAUUUUUUUAGAUCAAUCUCAAAUGAAGAAUUAUAUACUUUGCUGGAUAAUAAUUAUCAACUUCAGGAUUUUUUAUUAAAAUAUGCUUAAACUUAAACUUUUAAUAAUGCUAAGAGAAUGA